CUAUCACACAGAGCCUCCUUAUUGCAUCAGGCAUCGUCCACUCGGCAGAGAGACAGAAAGGACAGCUAGACUACAUGUCAUGGACUGGUGGACUACCCUGGCUGCGAGUAUAGCCUUCCUCUGGCUGCUGUGUUACAUCGACGGUAAGAGAACCUGGUUAGCAGAGGUAUGGGAGCUUUCUUCGUCAAGGGAACGGUGCGGUAUUGGCACGCGCACGGCUCUUCCUCCUAACUGCGGCAACGCCGUCCUGGAGCUGCGGCUCCUCCUCCACGCCCUCACCAAAGCAGCGUGCCACCUGUACCUGGCCGUGCUCCCACUGCGGCGCGCCGCACGGCACCUCGCCCGCUUCAUCUGUCACCUGGUAAACCAUGGCCCCGCCUCCGCUGGCCGGGCGUCUCCUCUUCUCCUCGAGGGGGUGUGUGUGAUAUGUGAAGCGGUACCGGACCUGCUGGGAGCCGGGCUCAGUCUGUGUGCAGUAGUCUGUCACAUCCUACAGGGGGUACUGUUCCUGCUGGCCGCCACGGUGAGGUCGGUCCAGGUGAGUGUUCUGGCCCAGAUGGACGGGGAGAAGGAGAGGUGGGAGAAGGAGCAGCAUCAAGCUCGGCAGGACGAGAGGAGACAGAACUCCGGGGUGGUGGAAUACCUGUCUGUGUUCUGUCAAGACCCCAUCAGUUCACUACGACUCAGAGUGGACAUGAUCAAUAGAUAACAUCACUGUCUGUCUGUAAAGGUGGACAUGAUCAAUAGAUAACAUCACAGUCUGUCUGUAAAGGUGGACAUGAUCAAUAGAUAACAUCACUGUCUGUCUGUAAAGGUGGACAUGAUCAAUAGAUAACAUCACAGUCUGUCUGUCUCUGUCUGUCUCUGUCUGUCUCUGUCUGUCUGUCUGUCUGUCUGUCUGUCUGUCUGUCUGUCUGUCUGUCUGUCUGUCAGCGUUGGGCUCAAUUCAGACUUGAGUUAAGAAUACUUCAAAUUCCAAUUAAAUUCUUGAAUUUGAAUUGAAGUAGUAAACAGGAUACAGAAUUUGAAUUUGAAUGAAAGGAAAUAGAAUUUAGUUCAGGGAAAUUCAACUGUCUCUUGUAUUGUAUAUUAGGUGUAGUCUAUAACUAUAUAUUUAUUUAUAUAUCAUGUAAAACGUGUCAUUAUAUACAUGCCUAAUUAAAUAAAGGUUAAAUUAAAUAAAUAAGUAUACAUGCAUAUAAAAUAUUGUUGAAACAGUAGAUUUCCAGGACAAACUCUCUUCCAAUUAAUGACCGAGGACAACAAAUCCUGUAUGCAAAUAUUCUGUUUUCAUUAAUCACU